GGUGGUAACUGGCUUUUGCUCAAUCCCCUAUCCCUGACUCCCCUCUCCUGCAGCUACCGUGGACUGACGCUAGUGCUGACCUUCCUCUCCUACACCAGCUACCACCUCUCCCGAAAACCCAUCAGCAUCGUCAAGAGCCAGCUGCACCUCAACUGCUCGGCGCUGGGCACCAACCCUCACAACGACUCCAACAGCACCACAUGGUGCAGCUGGGCGCCCUUCGAUCAGGAUAACUACAAGGAGCUUUUUGGUGCUCUGGACAAUGCCUUCCUUGUGGCGUAUGCCAUCGGGAUGUUCAUCAGUGGCAUUUUCGGGGAGCGGCUGCCGCUGCGGUACUACCUGUCGGUGGGCAUGUUGCUGAGCGGGAUCUUCACAGCACUCUUUGGCUUUGGCUACUUCUGGAACAUCCACGUCCUAUGGUACUACAUCAUUGUGCAGGUGUGCAAUGGGCUGGCACAGACGACCGGCUGGCCCUCAGUCGUGGCAUGCGUCGGGAACUGGUUUGGGAAGGGAAAGAGGGGUCUGAUCAUGGGCAUCUGGAACUCACACACCUCCGUGGGCAAUAUCCUGGGCUCUCUCAUCGCGGGCGCCUGGGUGUCCUCUGAGUGGGGCUUGUCCUUCAUCGUGCCCGGCAUAAUCAUCGCUGUCAUAGGCAUUGUCUGCUUCUUCUUCCUCGUGGAGCAUCCCGAGGACGUUGGCUGCAGCCCACCCCAGCAACACGAUGCAUCAGAUGAGAAGGAACCCGAAGGGAUGACUUCCGAGGACCGCAGCAGCACUGACCCCAAAGAGCUGGCUGAGGAGCUUGAAGCCAUCAGCUUCCUCGGGGCACUCCGGAUCCCCGGUGUAGUGGAGUUCUCCCUUUGCCUACUCUUUGCCAAGCUGGUGAGCUACACCUUCCUCUACUGGCUGCCACUCUACAUCGUGAAUGUUGCUCAUUUUGGUGCCAAGGAAGCUGGAGACCUGUCCACCCUCUUUGACGUUGGCGGUAUUUUAGGGGGGAUCUUUGCUGGCCUCAUCUCUGACUACACUGGCGGCCGGGCCACCACGUGCUGCGUGAUGCUGGUGGUGGCUGCUCCCAUGCUGUUCCUGUACAACCACGUUGGACAGAAUGGCAUUGGCACAUCUAUAGCAAUGCUGAUCGUCUGCGGUGCGCUGGUGAAUGGCCCCUAUGCACUCAUCACCACAGCAGUGUCAGCAGAUUUGGGAACCCAUGAGUCCCUCAAAGGAAACGCAAGAGCCCUGUCCACCGUCACGGCCAUCAUCGAUGGCACGGGAUCUGUAGGUGCUGCUCUGGGGCCUCUGCUGGCAGGGCUUAUCUCCCCCACCGGCUGGAAUAAUGUAUUCUACAUGCUGAUAGCAGCUGACGUCUUGGCUUGCCUGCUCCUUGCUCGUGUGGUGGUCAAAGAGGUGCGCGCAUGGUACGGCUGCAUGGCGAGGAAGAGAGGCUCUAGUGUGCAGCUCACAGAGUCAGUGCUGGACGGGAAGUAGCUCGGUGUGAGUACCUCCGGCUGCACCCGCUUCAGCACCAGCACUGAAUGCAAACACUGAUCGGCCCCAAUGCUUGGCAGGUGCCGGCAGCCACCCUCCAGCUGAGGUGUCCCUGCUCGCUGCGGGGAGUUG